UUAGCCAUGGAGGCUGAUCCAAAUAACAAAACAUUGACAAUUACAAGCACUACAGAUGAAAAUGUGUGCUUUUCGGAUGUGGCAACUGUUGCUAAAAGAUGGAUGAUUGAUUUCAGUUUUGUUAGUUUGUGUCAAUUCUUCAAGGAGGGCAAAUUUGAAGAAUUCAACCAAACGAUUUCGACGCUGGAAACGAUCAUUGAUGGUACCCCCCAUUUAAACGCCGAACAGAAACAGAAAAGGCAGAUAUGUGGCUUCCUCGCACGGAUAAUGCACGGGAAACAUUUAGACGUCUCCUUCGACAGAGACGAGCGGUUGUCGCCUCUGAUGUCAGCUGUCGGUGUCUGGGCGUCUCAGAAAGAGACUGUGGCGAAUGUCUCACUGUUCGAGCACAUCACCAAUCUACUCUAUGUUCAGAGUGUUGCUGUGUGUCUGGAGAAAGGGAACUGCGUCAUGGCAUCAUCAGCUCUCAAAUGGCUCGAGGAGGAGUGUGAAAUCCCACAGAACUUGGGAAUCAAGUUGUCGUUGAUCGUGAGUAAGAGGGACACGUACCACCCGUUCCUGCUCAACUUCAGCUGGAACCGUCUGCUGGAGAAUAUACAGACCUUCCUGGAUCGCUUCCUGGAGGAACACCCAUCGGACUUCCUGCUCCAGGCAGCCACUAAGGUGGUCAAGGCAGGCCAGGAGACAGGGGAGGAUUCUGAGACUCGGGAGGCGUCAUAUACUACCAGCCAAUCCUCUGAACACUCCAAACAGAAUCAGGAGACCAGUGUCCUUAUGAGACCCAAGAAGAAGCUGCUAUCAACAAGGAAUAUUCAUCCCUGGAAACCAGAGUCUGGCAAGAAGCCUGCACUCACUUUUAUGAGACAACGGGUGUCGACGAGGUUGACCUACCGAAGAGCCUCGUCUGAGACGACCCUGAACACCACCACUCUUAGCAACACGACUCUGAACACCAAUACAACCAGGAAGACUCAUGGCAGAUGGCCGUGGGAUCUGGACCUGGCGCUGAAGGCGGGAGUGAAGCGUCACGGGGAGGGGAAAUGGUCACGUAUCCUCCAGGGACACGACUUCCAUGGUCGCACAGGGGUUCAACUCAAAGACCGCUGGAGGGUCCUCAAGAAGGCGCAUAAAGUCAACUCCCCCUAAGGCUGUGUCUCAAAUGGUAUCUUAUUCCCUAAGAAGUGCACUACUUUUGACCAGAGCCCUAUGGGAACUCCUGAAUAGAAAAAAGGGUGCAGUUUGGGACGUGACCUUGGGACUAAGUUUAGUCUGUGGAUUCCAGGGUUUAUAUACAGUACUCUGUUAGUAAUAUUGCCUAGUUUUAAUAAAUAGUGUUAAAGUUCAAGCCCCUUGGUUUUCUCUUUUAAGCUCUGUUUUAGUACCGCUCACUGUACAGUUUUAUAUAAUUGUAAAUAGUUUAUGCUUUUGGGUCCUUGUAUUUCCAGAGUUGCUGUGUGUGUGAGUGAGAGAGUAAGUUUAACUAAGGCUGUGAUUCAAUCCGAUGGAGGCGAUUUCCCAUUGAGUGGAAAUAUGCCGGGUUUACCAUGACUCUCCAUAAACAAACAGGAGAACAUUUAAAAAAGCUGCAUUGUCUACAACCUGCAACUGGAUUGAAUCCCGGCCUUUCUUAACACAAGGCUUCAAUGCCGUUAACCGAUAACUACCAGUAGCUGGCGUGAUAUUACUACCAGUGACCAGCAGAGGGAGCUACAUAUCCUUCUGUGGACAAUAGCAGCUGAACUUAAACUUGUAUAUUAAUCAUUUUUUUAGAAAAUCAUUUAUCCUUCUAGUUAUCAAUGGCUAAAGAAACAAAGAUUAGAACCAUCUGAACAAAUUGGUCAAACAUUUAUAAAAAAUUAUUUCAUUGUGUUUAUUUUAUUUAUUUUUACAGUGUAUUUAUUUCUGCAAUAUUAACAGGGAUGAUACAAAAGCAGAAUUGUCUAUUGUGAAGUAGUCCUCUCUCAUUUUGGAAUGUCAUAUCUUGUCUGUACAUAGAAAGGAGAUACUCAAAUGUUUUCUUUAAAAUAUUCUGUUAAA